CAUACCGCCAUCGCAUCCGUGACCGCAUUUUUCUCGGCUUGCAUAACAUAUCGCGUGACUUACUAGGUUAGUAACGUGAGGGAACGGACAGCAGAGAAGGCGGUGUUGAUGAUGGUAGGAGGAGAUUGUGCGUUGUCGUCGUCUUCCGCGUUUCCCCGGAUUUCAACCACUGUUCUGAUUCCAUCGCGUCCUCUCCUUGCAUGUUUUUACGCUCGGCCCACCCUCCCAAUUGACAUCGGAGUCCUGGGCCCCGGCGUACCGGCUCCAGCCAUGUCGGCGAGGAAUACAGCGGCUGGCGGCGGUGACGGAGCGACGGGGGAAAAGCCAGGAGAUGCAUUAGAGGGAGAACCCCAGGGCCUCUCUGUCUCUCUGUCUGGUUUGAUGACCCCCACCUCAGCCACCGGCAUGGCCUCAGGCAUGGAGCUGCCCAGGAAACGGAAAGGCAGCAUGGACAACCCGGAAACAAAAUCUGCAUCAAAUCUAGAGGAGGAUAUGGAGGACGAUCAGGGAAGAUCGGAAGGAGACGACCAGCACUUAAAAAUUAAGUGUGUCAGAGAACCUCACAGUCAGAUCGAGAAACGCCGGCGAGAUAAGAUGAAUAAUCUGAUUGACGAGUUGGCAGCGAUGAUUCCCACCUGUAACCCCAUGUCCCGCAAGCUUGACAAACUCACUGUGUUACGAAUGGCUGUCCAGCACCUCAAAUCACUCAAAGGAGCAACCAGCUCGUUUGCAGAAGCCAAUUACAAACCUGCAUUCCUCCCAGAUGAUGAGCUCAAACACCUUGUCCUAAGGGCUGUGGAUGGAUUUCUCUUUGUGGUUGGCUGUGACCGUGGGAAGAUAGUCUUUGUCUCAGAAUCGGUUUCAAAAAUCCUGAAUUACGGUCGGACGGAGUUAAUUGGACAGAGCCUGUUUGAUUAUGUUCAUCCUAAGGACAUUGGUAAAGUGAAGGAACAGCUGUCUGCCUCUGAACUCUACCCGCGGGAGCGCCUCAUAGACGCCAAAACGGGAUUGCAGGUGCAGGCUGAGCUCCCCGUCGGAGCGGCUCGGCUUUGCUCUGGAGCCCGGCGCUCAUUCUUCUGCCGAAUGAAGUACAACAAAGUUACUGUCAAAGAAGAGAAGGACUUCCAGGCUGGGGCUUCAAAAAAGAAAGAGUCACAGCGGUACUGCACUGUGCACUGCACGGGGUACAUGCGCACCUGGCCCACGCGCCAGCUGGGCACGGAGGGGGAGGCUGAGACGGAUAAAGAGAGCUCCCACUUCAGCUGCCUGGUAGCAGUGGGCCGCGUGCACCCCCACACCCUCCCACAGGCCAACGGAGAGAUCAAGGUCAAGCCUACUGAAUUUGUCACCCGCUACGCCAUGGAUGGCAAAUUCACCUUUGUGGAUCAACGAGCCACCACCAUUCUGGGUUAUUUACCCCAGGAGCUGCUAGGGACAUCCUGCUAUGAAUACUUCCAUCUGGACGACCUGCCUCAUUUGGCAGAUAGACACCGAAAAGUGCUGAGGAGUAAAGAGAAGAUUGAGACAAACUGCUAUAAGUUUAAAACGAAAUAUGGCUCUUUUGUCACCUUACAAAGUCAGUGGUUUAGUUUUAUAAAUCCCUGGACCAAAGAAGUAGAAUACAUAGUGUCGACCAACACCGUUAUAUCCGGUAAAAGUAAUCCAGGUGGAUCAGGGGAUAAAUCUGAGCAGCCUAGCAGUUCCAAGGCCUCGGAGGAUGAUGCCAAGAAGUCCCAACAAGUUCCAAUCAUCCCAGGGAUCUCCAGUGCAUCAGGCAUGAUUUACGCUGGGUGCAUAGGGACCCAAAUUGCUAAUGAGAUAAUGGACUAUAAUAGGAUGAACUCCUCACCAUCCAGCGGCAAUACAAGUCCAUUCAGUGUACUGCAGGACAAGUCUCCACUGGCCCUUGCACAGGCCAGCAGCAAUGUGCCAAAUGGGGAAGCAACAGAUGUGGAGAUGCCUGGCAAAUCAAGCUCAGAGGUGGAAGCGAGGGGUGGGGCCUUCACAGCGGGAGAAAGUCUCAUGGAGGGGAGCUCUCAGUUGGAUCUGGAGGGGGUUCCUGGGUUAGGCGCUCUGAGCACUGACGAGGCAGCCAUGGCGGUCAUUAUGAGUUUACUGGAGACCGAUGCCAACCUGGGUGAGGCCGUGGACUUUGACGAGAUGCACUGGUCUCUGUGAACACAGCUCCAGUUAUUUUUUUUUAAGACCCAUCUUAUCUGAAGCUUUUUAAAAUGAACCAUCCAUUAAUUUUCAUGGGGCAGCAAGCCUUCGAGAAUUCUUUGGCUUUCAUGUUUUUAAUUUAUUAGUGUCUUUUUAAUGUGUACGGACAAGCUGCAUGGCAGGUUAUCUGAUGGCUGCCCUUGGUGAAGGAGAACCAAAAGGGACGGGGGUCUCUCUGAGUACCUUAAGCUGAGUACCUUAAGCAACAGGACCAGGUUUUAUGUGGUCUGGUGUGCAUUUCUUCUCCUCAGCUCUGAGGUCACUUCUGCCCCUUGGCAUGGAUCAGAACGGAGAGACAUUCUUGGCCUGUUUUGCCAUGUUGAGAAACACAUGCCUCAGCCAAGCCAUAAGGCAAGAACCCAAAUGGUCCACUGUGAUCCAGUGGCGUAAGGAUUUCAAAACUUAGUCAAUCAACACUUGAACUGAUGCUUUUGAGGCAAAGCUGAACUAAGCUUUUUUUUAUAAAAACGUCAUGGGAUUCCUUUGGCAAGGGAAGCCUGGUAGUUAUUUUACCCUUUUAGAGCAGAAAUCUUUAAUUUCAAUUUUUUUUUUUUUUUUUUUUUUUUUUGAUGAACAAGAGUGGAACAACGGGGAGGGCUGUUGGUAAGCGCUUGUGGUCAUUUGUCAAACAGAACUACUUGAAAAGACUGUGGAAAAAUCAGAAAAUUGAAGAUCACCGUUAGGCCUGACGUUUGUUUUUUCCUCUCUAGUCUACAAACAUGUGUGUGAAUGUGUACUUUUCCCCUCAGACCUUCGUCUGUCUUGCCAGGGCUAUGCUUUUCUAAAAAGAGGCCAGUCACUAAAAUUUACAGGGACUGGGACAACAUUUUUAGAGGACCUGGGACAAUGUUCUUGGUUGUUGCCCCCUUAGUUAAUGUGUUAUUUCCACUGUUCUGAAAGAUGGUCUUGAUGGAGAUGGGAAACAGGUAAAACGGUGAUUGGUAACUAAUAAGGGCAGCUUCUCUCAGGGAGCAAUUUGUGGAAACCCCUUCUCAAAAUCCUUCAGCGGAUCAGCAAAGAACCACUUUUUAGACACUUGUGUGAAGGUGGUGUUCAAGACUUCUACAGGGCUUCAUUCUUUCAUUAGUUCUUCUUGUUUAGUUAUGUGCAAAGAGGUAUAACAUGCUCAACGUGAUCAGCAUUUAGAAGGUGAUUGUUGUUUAAACUCUGUAUUUUGGAAUUAUAUUCCAUAAUUUUAGUUAUGGGAAUAACCUAAUCUCUACUCGACUUCAAAAUACUAACAAAAUCACUUUUUAUGGCGUAAAGUAAGAGCAGAGAUGUUUUUUCACAUUCUUCCUGCGUCAAGAAGAUAUCUAAUACAAAUCCAGCCCUGAAGUCAUGAUAGUAACCCACUUUUAAAGGUAUAAUGCACCCUAAAAAGGACAAAAUGUUUGUUUACUCACCCUCAUGUCUUUUCAAACCUGUAUUACUUUCUUUCAUGGAACACAUGUAAUGAAAGUUAAUGGUGUCCAUGGGCUUUCAAGCUUCAAUAAGGACUAUAAAAAGCACCAUAGAAGUAAUUCAUAAGAUAUAUGCGCUAUAUUCCAAGUCCAAUUUAUGCCUUCAUAGAUGUCCAAUUUAAUCAAUGCAAUUUUCUCAGUUUCAAUAUUGCAUUUUAUCCUAAGUCUAGAAUACACUACAAGACUUUUGCCCUGAUUACUGGAGGAGUCUGGAGGAGUCGAAGCUAGUUGCCAAAAGUCAGAGCCAGCAUGCAGCUUUUACAGAUUCACAGAAGAUCACGUUGAAUGCUGGGCACAGAUUAAGAUUUUCUAGCUUCAGACUGUGAUUCCAUUCAGUCGGAAGAUAUUAGACAUGUUUGGUUUUUUGAGCUGAUUUUAGAACACACAUUGUUUUCAUUCGUCUCAUAUCUCCUAGCAACAAGGCACAUUUCUUAGUGUGUUUGUUGUGUUUGAAAUGACUGUGAAGUCUAUUAGUGUGUCAUCUGCAGUUAAGUCUAAGAGUUUGCAAGUGUAUGGUCCCUGGUGGUUUGAAAUCUGGUUUUAAAAGACAGGUAGUGCAUUCUAGCCAUAAUAAGAAAGAAAAUCAUACAGGUUUUAAAAUGAAUGCUGGAAUUUCCAUUUUUGGGUGAGCUAUUACUUUAACUGAAGACAAGAGACCUAAGAACAUGUUUUUUACCAUGUUUUAGUAGUAGUAGUAAAUGAAUCUUUAAAUGGAAAAAUCAAAGACAAAGACAAGACAGAUGAUCUUUGUGGGCUGUUAAAAUGAUGCUAUCAAAUGCCAUUUAUUAUAAUAUUCCCUAUUUUGUAUAUUAUAUUUGAGGUCUUAUUGCGUGUGCACAUCCUUGGGAUACUGAUUCUCUCUUUCUUUUCUAAAUUUCUCAAAUUUCAUCUGAUUCCCCUGGGUAAUCGUCCACCUCAAUGAAUUCACAUUUCACUUUGUAUCUGAUUUUGCACAUUUUCUUCUGAAAUUUGCUUCCCUUCGUACUGGUGACCUUUCAUUCAGACGAUCAGUUUAUUGAACUGAUUUACUGUGACGGUGCACAUGUGCCACAGGAGUCUCAUGGCCUUGCGUGAUGGAAACGGCUGAUUCUGACCGAUUAUACCAAAGCAAUUUGACCACAGACAUAUUUCAAACACCCUUAACGCUCAGCUGCCCUGUGCUGUCAGAUGAUCUGUAAUUCUGUGACUAUAGUGUGAGCUGCUUUUAAAAAAUGUCUUCAUAUCAUUGUCUACUCUGUCACAUGCUGCCAGGAGCUUACUUGAAGGGAGGAAGCCACCCACCCAAUCCAACUGAAAUGAAAUACUGCUAGGUGAUGUUGUGAUCUUUAGUGUGAAUAGAAGUCUUGCCAAGACCCAUUAUUCAUCCAACGCUUGGCUUUGCAAAUGUAAUGCAUUACCCAGAAAUAUAAAUGGGGCAUUUCCUUAAACCUGACUGACAUUUCAUGGGAUCAACUGUAAGUGUUUGUCACACAGGUGGUUAGAUGUGUUAGCAAAUCACAAUUCUGGUAAGAUGACCAGUUAGGGAUUUUGAUUAGGCAGUUGUAGCCUUAAGCAAAGGAACAGCUGCUUUGUUUGCCCACAAUGUACAAGCAUUGCUCUGUGCCAUAACUGCAGGCUUGUCCUAAAAGACAAAAUUGUGAUUUAUAAUGUGUUUCCCACUCCCCCACAGCUUCACUGUUUUUUAAAGUAACCGUUCACCCAAAAAUGAAAAUUUACUCACCCUCAGGCCGUCUAAGAUGUAAACGAGGUUGUUUCUUCAUUGGAACAGAUUUGGAGAAAUUUAGCAUUACAUCACUUGCUCACCAAUGGAUCCUUUGCAGUGAAUGGGUGCCGUCAGAAUUAGAGACCAAACAGCUGAUAAAUACAUUAUAAUAAUCCACACGCGUGUUUGGAGGAAACAUUCAUCAAGGCAUUUUAACCUAAAACUGUUGCUUCUGACCAAAAUACAAAUCCAUAAUCCAUUUAAAACACUUCCUCUAUAAUUGACUCUCACAUUAAAAUCCACCUGCAUAUUAGUUUUGGAAUGUUUUCGCAUGUAAGAGGUGUACAUAUGGGGUGUACAUUUGUGGGGAAGUUGUGGCCUAUUGGUUCAAGAGUU